UAUAUGUAUAUAUAUACAUAUAUAUAUGUAUAGAUAUAUACAAGCUAUAUUGUGUUCAAAUUUACAAAAUUAAGUUGUAAAGAAGGAUUAAUAAAAUGCCUAAAAAAAUUAUAUCAGUAAACAAAGUUGGAGAUGUUGAACAAAUAAAUAUGGACAAUAGAAGAGAAGAAUCAAAAAAGAAAGAUAUAAAGAAAAAUUUCUAUUGGUCUGUUCGUAUUGUUAAAUUUCUUCAAGAAAUAAGUGUCAUAGGUAUAAAAUAUACUUUAAUGCAAACUGCGUCUCUGACUCGACGAUGCUUCUGGAUAACAUUAAUUCUCUUUGGAGUUGGAUUUAUGAUAUAUCAAUUACAAGAAAGAAUAAGUUAUUAUAUUAAAUAUGACACAACAACCAGAAUUAGAUAUAGACAUGACAAAUUUCUAAGAUUUCCAACAGUCACCAUCUGUAAUGAAAAUCGAAUGAUGAAAUCGCUGGUGGCAGCCGAAGGUCAAGGCAUCGCUGAUAGUUUGUACACCUUAUGGCCUCCUCAUCCGGACUUAAAAAUUAACACUACAGUCUCUGAUACCAAUGGCACACUUUCCAAUAAUACGAUUUUCGAUUGGGGUGAAAAGUAUCGGGAAGCAGCUCAACCAGGAAAAGAUGCGAUAGUCUCUUGCUACUUCAAUUUGAAGAAAUGUUCUGCAAGUGAUUUCAUUACAGUUGCUACUAACAUGGGAUAUUGCUUCCAGUUUAACUCAAGAAGUAAGAAUUUUAUUGUUCGAGCUGCGGGUGAUAGAAAUGCUUUGACCUUAACUUUAAAUGUCAUGCAAGAAGAAUACACUUUAGCAAACGCGCCAUCUGCUGGCUUUAGGGUUUUAUUGCAUGACCCAGAAGACACUCCUGAGAUGCUUGAGAAUGGUAUAAAGUUAUCACCUGGUAAUGAUUUUGUGAUAAGAAUACAGAGAGAAGCAACAACAUUGCUGUCCAAACCAUACGGUGACUGUAAUGAAGAUAACAGCUAUAGACAAUCAGCCUGCAUGAAUAAAUGUUUGUCAAAGUAUGUAGUUAAGCAAUGUGGCUGUAAAGGGGAAGAGAUGCUUGUUGAUGAUUCUGUUCCAGUAUGCUCUCCUUUAAAUUUACCUUGCAAUAAAGUACAAUCAGAUUUAUAUUACGCAAAAGAGAUUUUCAAAUCUUGUCAAUGCCCAACUCAAUGUCAAUUUAUCAAAUAUGAUGCAUCAACAUCAUAUUCAAUUUUUAGUGAUUUUUUUAAACGUCUGAUAACUAAUGCAACUCAUUAUACUAAAACAACACUCGAAGGCAAUUUUAUUCAACUAAACAUAUAUUUUUCAACAAUGAUCACAAGAGAAUUGAAAGAAAAGAUAGCCUACUCUUGGUUAGCCUUAAUGUCCGACGUCGGAGGUGCAUUUGGUCUAAUACUAGGCUCAACUUUCUUAACACUAUUUGAAUUUCUGGAUUUUUUGGUUGUUUCAAUAUCUGAGUCUCUGGGGACACCAACAUCCAAGUCAACAUAAGAUGAGAAAAUGUUAAUGGCUCAUUUAACUUGUUAAGAGAGGAUGGAGAAAUGAAAUGUGUAUCACUAAGCAAUAAAACAAUACAAAUCAAUGUAAAAUAGGUCAAAAAAGAGUUUUUAUCUAAAAAUGUUUAAAUAAUAUAAUCAAUUUGUUAAUUAGUUAAUUAACGAUAAGAUAAGAUAACACAGAACGAUAAGAAACAAACCAAAAUUUGAUACUUAUAACAUUUAGACAUUUUGACAUAGUUUUUUACAUUCUUGGCGAAAAGUAUGACUAAACAUCAAAUAAAUAAAUAUAUUAGAAAUAUUAUUUAUAAAAUAUGUAAACUGUAAAGCCUCUUUUAUAUUUAUAGGCAAUGUUUCUAAUAUAACAAAUGGUAUAUAAACAACAAUAAAUAAGUAUGUUACAAAAAAAAGCAUUUUAGCAGUUUUAACGGCUUCUACAAUAUUCUUUGAAUUGUUUCUACACCUUUUAGUUAUUAUAUUGGGCCCAUUUGAAUCGACAUCGACAACUCUUUUCCUCCUUAUUCUAUUUAGGUUAAUUGUAACACUUACAAAUGCAAGUACGUAGAUAAUUGUUAAUAUUAAAGUUAGCGCAAGGAAAGAAGUUAAAACUGUUACUUGAUAUGCAAAUUCAUGCUUGAUUCUUAAAUAUUUAAAUAAUGAGGCGGACACUACAGCUAUAAAUAGACCGUAAAACAAAAAUUUCUUCGCAACUUUAUAGCUUAGAAUCGUUGAAAACGGCUUAGCCAAUGCGAAAUAUCUAUCAAAAGCUAUUACAAUGAAUACCAAUAUAUUAAAUAUUAGAACAAGAUGCAAAGCACUGUCAAAAACAUAGAUUCUAAAUAUCUGUGAUAAACUAUUCGUAACGUAGACUAUAGAAAGAGGCAUCAGCAAUAGGCAUGAUGUUAAAUCUGAUAAUCCAAGGAUUAGGAUUAAGAAUUGCGAACUAGAUCUAGGUCGCUUCCAAUAUAUAAUAAUUAUCAUAGAAUUGCCAAUAGAGCCAAUUAUAAUAAAGGUUGUGAUUAAAAUAAUGAAAAUUAUUCCUAUUGUAUUGCUAACCAGCCAUUUCUUAUCCAUAAUCCGGUCAAAAAAUGUCAAUUAAUCACCAAACUAAGAAACCAAUAUGAAGAAAUUUUCCCAUUUACUUAUAAAUACUAACCUCUGUCAUUAACAUAUCAUGUUGAUAACAUGUAAUGAGAAUAUUUAUUAGUAUUCGUCAAUGAUUGUCCAUGACGAGAAUCACGUGACUGGAUAAGGCUUGGACAUGUUUUAGUAGCAGAAGUAUCUAAGAUAAAGAUGAGUAUCACGAAAAAUGUAGAAGCAUGUCUUCAUAAUCUUAUAAGUUUCACGAAUGCUUUCUUCUUAUAUUAUUCAUCUUGGGGAUUUUCCAAAUGUUUUUCCUUAUUAUUUGAGUCAAUCUUUAAAGACGUCCAACUUAUUUCUUUUAGGUGAAGUAAAAAUAUCUAUCACGACCUUUGCUUGGUCUCAUCGUACCCUUCUUUAAAUUGUUGUCACUAAUGAAUUGCAGUGUAAAAAUAUAUGCAGUAUAGAAGCCAUUGGAGAGACGUGAAAACUGAGUAGAAUGUAAGAAUUUAGGCUCUUUUUUUUUAAAUUUUAAUUUCAUUUCCUCCCUCUCUUUUAUAUUACUGAUUGUAUUAGUUUUACUCCUCUUUUAAUGACAAAGAACUUUCUUUGGGAAAAGAUUCAACAGAGGAGAUAAGGAUAAGACAAAGGUCAGACGAUACAAUAAGUACAGCAGUCAUAUAAGAAAACUUUCGAUCAAUAACUAUAUACAGAGUAUGGUAACAUGUUUCUUUCUUUUUCUCAGUCUUAUUUAAUACACGCAUUCUCUCCCUCUCUCAUUCUCUUUUUAUUCUCCAACACUUUACCAUUCUAUAUCUAUCUAAAUCUCUUUUCCUCUUACUAGUCCUUAAAGUAUUUACUAACAUCUUUAUAACUCCCUUUAUCUUUUAACUUCCUAUUAGUUCUUUCAUAUUAAAAACUUCUCAAUGAAUGCAUCACAUAUGAUGCUUAAAAAAAUUGGUGCGACAUUUUAUUAUUCCAUUAAUGAUUCUUAUUUCACAAAGACCUUUUAUUUUAUAUGAAAAAAGGAAACAUAAAAAAUUAACAAUUGACUAUGUACUAUACUAUAUGAAUACUAACAAAAAAGAUUAUGUAUAGAUAAAGUAGUAGUGAUAUAAGAUAUACGUGUGGUGUUUAUUUCAUAAUUAGAAAAGGUAAUAUUGUUUACUCAGUAGUAUAAUCACACAAAUGGGUCGAAAGAUAAGUAAUUAAGAAUUGAUUUUUUCUUUCAAAAACAAAUUAAUUCUCCCUUUUUUUUAAUUGUAACAUUUACGUAAGAAAACACUAAGAGUGACUAUUUUUGGAUAUUAUAUAUUUUUCUCUUUCUUUUCCUUUGUCAAAGUAGAGAGAAUAAUAUUUUAGCUGAUGCAGAAAAGGUUAGAAGCAUAACCUUUAACUUAACCUUAAGAAAUAGAGGGGGAAAAAUUCAAUUUUUUUUGAUCGAAUACAAUCUCUAACAUCUUUCCUGAUAUUCAGCAUUAAUCAAGUAAAAUAUAUGAUGUAAAGCAAAAGUAUUCGUUGUAGGAUACUAGUGAAAACCAUUGGAAUGCUUGCUAUUUUCCAUAUUAAUUUCAAUUGCAAAUUUUAUUAAAAUAACCAAGUUGCUAUAUCCUCAACUCCAAGAAAAAGAGAUCUUAAGAAGUCAGGUAAGUCAUAAGUUUUCAUUAAUGAUUGAAGUUUACCUUGGAGCUGGUAAAUAAAUCCUUCAGUCAAGUGUGACAAUAGCAGUUUAGGAGUUGUUUGGAAGGGUUUCUUAUAUAUUAGUACAAGUUUAUUGAAUAUCAGUCAAAUGAGCUAAAAAGGGAAAAUAUUUUCGGAAUGUAGACAAAACAAAUGAUAAAAAAGAGAAUAAAGAUAACAUGUAAAAUUUCCUAAUUCAGCGCACUAUUUAAAAAUAAUAUUCAAGUACAAAUAAUGUGUCUGUCUACCUAGCCCCUUAAAUAGUACUGCAUCCUUUGCACGUAAGGAAGGGCUAUAUGUGUAGUUUAACUACAAUUUGAACAAAAGAUUUCCUAAAUUUAAUUAAUAAAGUUUUCAAUUUCUAUUGAAAGAUAUGAAAAAAUCUUGAAGUGUUAAAAUGUUUUUAAACAUUAAGAAAAGAUCCUCUUGAGUAGAAAAAACCAAGAAUCUGGAAAGAGUAAUUAAAAAAACAGCAUAUCAUUAAUUAUGUGUACCGUUUUUUUUAUAUAUUGAGAUGAGGGAAGUGAAGCUAAACAACUGCAGUUUCUGCUAAGUUAAGGCAUUCUUUUUCCAUAUCGUCUAAGAAUCUUUCAUUGUUUAUGGGACUCAUUUGGAUAUUUUCUGUUCUUGUUGAAGGCCUACUGUUAUUAUUAUUUCUGCAACGACAGCAGACAACAUUACGAAAAGCUGUUUUAAACUCAGAUGACAUAAAAUUGUAGAUGAACGGAUUAACGCAUGAGUUUCCAUAAGCCAAUAUAUCGCAGAGUAAUCGUAGCAGUUCGAACCAUACGCUUUUUAAAUAUAUUUGCUUCAUAGAUAAUAUUGUGUUUAAAUGCGUCGGCAACCAAGAUAAUAAAAACACCAAAACAACCACGACCAUCAUCUUCAAAGCUCUUCUUGUCCUCUCUUUUGCAGCGUCUAUAGUAUUAUCAUUUGUUUCAUUUUUUAAGUGGUAGGCUAUCAGAGCAUAUACUACUGUAAUUAAAAAAGCAGGUACGAAGUAACCACCUAUGCUCAAGCUUAGUAACACUGAAUUGAUAUAUUCAUCGUCGAUUCCACAAUAUACUAUUCCAGCAUACUUGUUCCCUUUGCUUUUAACGGUAGCAACUGCUACCAGUGGAGUAUGUAAAGCCGAAAUUAGUACCCAAAUGCAGGCCGUCAAUUUAGAGAUAUUUUUAAAGCUUCUGUAUUUUGCUGUCUGAGUCGUAUAGACGACUAUAGCCAAUCGUAGAAAAGAUAUAGCUAUUAACAAUGUUAUUGUAAUAUCUGUUAUUGUAUAUGUAAGAUAAGUAUAGAUUUUACAAACAGCGUUACCCAUUUGCAAACUGUUAUCUAAAACCGUUAAAUAUUUUAUAAUUUUCCCAGGUAUUACUGUUAGUGCAAAGAGUAGAUCAGCCAAGGCUAGAUUUAACAAUAGAAAGUUUAUUAAGGUCCGAAGUGCAGAUUGCGAGAGAAUGACACAAAUUACUAAACUGUUACCACCAAUUGCAAUGAUAGCUAAGCAGGCUAAUGUUAUUGGAGCAAUAUAACUGUAGAUAAGAAGUGCAAUUCUCUCCUCCAGUUUUGAGUAGUAUGUAUCUGAUCCAUUAUGAAUUGUAGAAGAGUUCAUGGGAUUCUGAAAAGCAUAAAGUAUUUAUCCAUUUUAUUCAUAUUUCUAAGCUGUCAAUUUGCUUGAUAGCUGAUUUUUUGCGUUGGUGGAUUCUAGAAUUUCCCCUUAAUUUUCAAUAUGUACAAAAUACUCUUCAUAGUUUCAUAGUAAUUCUGUUACACUAUUGCUUAAAACCUAUAGUUCAUUUUUUUAUGCCUUUGGCUUUGCAUUCUUUUCCUGGUUGCUCUAGAUUGCGUACCCUUUAAGAACAGUUUCUUUUCAACAUAUUGAGAAUUCGUGUUGUACUAGAGAGUCCGUUUUAGUUAACAGCUGAGAAUGAAUUUUUCAAUAUAGGCCUAUAUUAUUCUGUAACAGGAAAUCACUGUAGUAGAUUACAUAUACUUCAAAGUUAAUGAAUCUGGGAGGUUUUUUUUAUUUUGUGUUAAAUAGAAAAUGUUAAAAAAAGACCUAAUUCGACCUGCGACCUAUAUUUUCUUUGUUUUUUUUUAUAUCAAAUAAAAAACUA